CUCCCGCUGCGGCCCUAGCAACCACAUCCGGGGCUCUGCCGGUGCCGUUGCCCGGGUAAUUUUCUGGCUGCGGCCGGAUUAGAGAGGGGUGUGCGCGCGGGUCCCAUGCGCCUACCUGAGCUGGGAGCUUGCAGAAAGGCGCGCCGGCCUGGUCUUGAGUGGUCGGAGGUCUCCAGGAGCCCUCAGCAUCCCUUCUUUCUCACUCACACACCCCAGCCUCACGCGUUAGGCGUCCCCCCAGCAGACGGUGAGCCGGCGGCGGGAGGGUGGAGGUGGACGUAGCUCAACGCCACGCAUAUCACUGGAGAGCCAAAGCUUCUUUCUCAGCUGCCGGGGAGCACGUAGAAGGUUAUUCCAGUCCCGCGAGGGUGGGACGGUGGAGGGAAUGCGGGGGUAAGGGAGCAGACGGGAUGCGGGCGCCUCACCCUCGCUUCCCCAGUGCCUGGAGAGCCCCCCUCCGGCCACGUCACUCACGCCCAUCUCCUUCGGGAAAACCAGACCCCCACGCCCGGCAUCCCUGAGUUUUAUUACUUGCUCUGUCUUUCUGAUCACUUUCUGCGUCUGCUCCCUCGCUGACAGUGGCUCCUGGAAUACUUUUCUUUCCUGUUCCUCUUUCUUUAACCAGAGACCGAUGUCUGCUUUCUUUACCUGCCCCGUUACUUCUUAAGUAGAUCACUGCCCUGUUUACAGAAACCCCUGAACAAUCCCUGUUCUCAGAGCCCUUUGUAGUUCCUUAAGUUGAGGCCCCAACCUGUGCUUCGGAUGCUCUCCCUUAUCUCCAGCACUGAAUGGAAGGGAAUGGACUGCUGGAGACAUCCCUGAAGCUUAACCUCACAUACGGCUGAUCCUUCCAGACACAUCUCCCUUCAGGGUUCUGCACUGCUUUUCCUUUGACAACCCUGGAUGCUCAUUUUUACCGCCGUUUCACUUGCAGAAAUGCAAAGGAUAAUAGUGCACUCGUGGGAUUUACCCUCCGUGAGACCAUACUUCUCACCUGCCUUUCCUUGUCUCAUUAGUUGACAAGACGUUUUUAAUGAACACAGAAGAUAUACCAUCAAGUGUUAGAAGGAUUCUACCAUUUUAUUCUCCAUCCUGAAGAGACUUGGAAAUUAAUGGGUAACACUUUGCAUGAAAAUUACUGAAUGCUUUUUCUUCUUAUCUCUGAGGCCUUCUGUAGAGAAUUAAUAGGAGGUUGAAUGCGCGCAUGGAUAAAACGGAUCAUCUUAAAGGAUUGAAGUUCCAAAAAUAUAUCAGCAGGACUGGACAGGUUUGACAUAAUGAGAUUCUAUUUUAGCCUGACUUCUGGAACUUGGAAUAAACUAUAAACUGAGCUACACAAGGUCCUGAGAAGGAAGUUUCUCUUCUAAAAUAUUCUAGCUGCACGUAACAUUCUUCUUAUUCUAAUCCUUUGAAAAAAAUAUAUUUACUCAUCAAUUUCCUGAGGAAUAAAACUACUAGACACUUACCAACUUUCAGUAUAUGAAGUGGGACAGAAAGCCGCAAUUUGUAUCAUACUGGAAAAGAAAUUUAAUUAAAGAAACAGGCACCAGAAGGACGAGAAAUCUCUACGUAAGCUGUGGUUGAGAUGGCAGAAGCUUCCGGAGAUACCUCAACUCUGCCGGUAACAGUGAAGAAAAAGAAAAGUCUAUCCAUUGAAGAAAAGAUCGAUAUUAUAAAUGCCGUAGAAAGUGGCAAGAAAAAGGCAGAGAUUGCAGCUGAAUAUGGAAUAAAAAAAAAUUCAUUGUCUUCUAUUAUGAAGAAUAAAGACAAGGUUCUAGAAGCCUUUGAAUCGCUGAGAUUUGACCCAAAGAGAAAAAGACUGAGAACUGCUUUUUACACAGAUCUGGAAGAGGCAUUAAUGAGGUGGUAUCGAAUUGCUCAGUGUCUAAAUGUACCAGUUAAUGGUCCAAUGUUGCGUCUAAAAGCUAAUGAUUUUGCCCAGAAACUGGGACAUAAUGAUUUUAAGUGCAGUAAUGGUUGGCUGGAUCGCUUUAAAUCCAGAUACGGCUUAGUAUUCAGAGCUCAACCUGUAGAAGCUACAGGAAUAGCAGUAGACCCUUCAACUGUCUGGCAGCAAAACGUACUGCCUUAUUAUUUAAAUGACUAUCAUCCUAAAAAUGUUUUUAAUAUAAAAGAGACUGGGUUGCUUUACCGAAUGUUACCUACAAAUACAUUUGCAUUUAAAGGAGAAACAUGUUCAAUUGGAAAGUUAUGCAAAGACAGAAUAACUCUGGUGGUUGGGGCAAACAUGGAUGGCUCAGAGAAACUUCCUCUGCUUAUCAUUGGAAAAAACAGAAAUCCACAUUGUUUCAAAGGUAUAAAGUCAUUGCCUGUGUAUUAUGAAGCUAACAGAAUGGCAUGGAUGACCUCAGAUAUAUUUGAUCAAUGGAUGCGGAAGCUUGAUGAGAAAUUUCAAGCCCAGCAACGAAGAGUGGUGAUUUUUGUUGAUUCUUUUCCUGCACAUCCAGAUGUAAAGAACCUCAAGUCCAUUGAGUUAGCAUUCUUUCCAUCAUGUUUAUCUUCCAAAUUUAUAGCCAUGAAACAAGGUGUUAUUCAAAGCCUUAAAAUCAGAUACCGACAUUGUCUUAUCAAGAAAUUUUUAAGCUCUGUUGAAGGCAGCAAAGAAUUUACGUUUUCCUUAAUAGAUGCAAUUGAUACAUUGCAUCUCUGUUGGAGGGCUGUAACCCCAGAGACUAUUGCAAAGAGCUAUGAAGAGGCAGGAUUCAAAUCUCAAAAGGAAGAAAGUGACCAGACAAAUGCAGAGACAGACACUGGUCUUGAUUUGGUCCCCCAUGCCCAGGCAGCAGGAGUGGAAUUUCCUGAAGGUCUAUCUGUAGAAGAGUAUGCUGCCCUGGAUGACGGUUUGGAGACGUGUGAAGCAGUGCCAGAUGGUGAUUCGGUAUGGACCAAAGAAAGUAAAUCAUAUGAAACAGGAUUUUAUGCUUCUGACGAAGAGGAUGACGGUGGAUCUCUAGGAACCGAACUCCCUUUACCAUCAAAAAAUGAGGCAAUAGCUGCUUUAGAUACUCUUAAAAAUUUUCUUAGAAGUCAAGAUAUAAAUGAUGGGCUUCAUAAUUCUUUAGCAGAUAUUGAAAUUUUUAUUAACUCUUUAUCAUCUAAAUAAUUAUUUAUUGUACAACAUCUGAAGAGUAAUAGCUUUUCUUGAUGUAUUUCACUAUCUAAGAUAUAUAAAGGGAAAAUACCACUUAAACAUAAAAAAUGAAAAGCUAGUAAUCUUUGGUUUAUUUGCAAAUGUCUUUGGUCUGAAUCGCAAAAUUCCCUAGGUAGAUUAAAUAAUGAGUAAGUCAAUGAAGAAUGUGAAUUUCAAUUUAGCAAGGUUUUGGGGAGUAGAAAAUGUAUUUCAGAGGCCUUGUACUUAAAACAUAUGGUAUAUAUGUCAAAAAUAAAAAGAAUUCUCCAGCUAUUUAAUUCAUUCAGGUUGAAUUGUUAAUUUCUGUUUUCUAUUGUUUUUUUCUUUUAAAUUCAGAUCAUGUUCUAAAAUAUUUUAAUUUAUCUACCUUGCCUAAGAAAUAAAAUACCCAUCUAUUGCUUGUUUAUUUUUUUAAGACAUAUAUUCUAACUAGACUCUUAAGCAUCAAGUAUUAACUUUAAUACUUAUAAUUAAUUACUUUAUUUUUCUCAUUACUAGCUUAUCUUCCUAAUAAGAAAUUAUGAAAAACUACUGAAAAUAAAAUCUGAUCCAAUUAUAUACCAAAAUGGUUAAAAAUAUAUGUCUCAUUACUUUCAAGUUAUUUCUAUAUAAGGUCAAAUGAAAGACUAUGACCUUAUCAGAUUUUUUUGGUCAUAAUCAGAAGAUAAUAUGGAUUCUUCCUAAAUAUUUGUAUGUAUAUAUGUGUGUGUGAUAGAAAAAUACAUUACUGAAACAUUUAUUAAACUCUUAUGAUAUUUAUGUUUCAAUAAGAUUACUCUUAAAAAGUACUAUGAAGAUACAUAUGCAGUUACUAAAAAAAGAAAAUAUCUUAUGUGGUUCAUAGUUUUCUAAUUUUAACAGCUGAAACUUUUAAUAUAUAAUAUUUAAUUAUUUUCUUGAUUUAAACUGAGUGUCCUUUCCGUGUAUUUUGAUGUUUUUAAUACUUUUUUUUUUCACAUUUAAUGGGUAACAUUUUGGAUUAACUUUCUGCUGGAGGAAGUUUUGUCUACACAGUGUUUUAAAUUGUAUGAAAUUAUUUACUCUCCAUCCAUGAAAUAAUUUUUAAACAGUAGGAAAAUAUAACAAUGUGUCAGACUUUUCUGUUGUUAAAUUUUAAUACUAUGCUUAUUUAACUUACUACAUCUAAUUUAGGGUC